CCAGCCUGCCCCUUCCUCACUGCCCUCCCAAAUCCCGCUGCAGCCAUUGCCGUAGCCACGAUGCCGAAACGAAAGAAGCAGAAUCAGCAGCAGCAUCUUCCACCGCCGCAGCCCUCACUGCCAGAGCCAGGAGAGACUGGAGACGAGGACGACGGGAGUCCCAUCGCUCUUCAUAGAGGUCCUCCAGGAUCAAGGGGACCAUUGAUUCCACCACUGCUGAGUCUCCCACCUCCUCCCCGGGGUAGAGGCCCAAUGCGGGGAGGCCUAGGUCCCAGGUUUGGCCCAUACGGUCGUGGCUGGUGGGGAGUCAAUGCUGAACCUCCUUUUCCGGGGCCAGGCCAUGGGGGUCCUCCCAGGGGAGGCUUCCACAAAGAGCAAAGAAACCCUCGAAGGCUCAAAAGCUGGUCUCUCAUCAAGAAUACCUGCCCACCCAAGGAUGGACCACAGGUUAUGGAAGACAAAUCCGACCGCCCUGUCUGCCGACACUUUGCCAAAAAGGGCCAUUGUCGAUACGAAGACUUCUGUGCCUUCUACCACCCAGGCAUCAAUGGACCUCCUCUGUGAGACUGUGCCUUCCCGUCCAGGCUGGAAUGAGCCCUCUGACCUAGCGGCCAUAAUUUCCCUGUGGCCCUGUGAUGGCUACUGUGAGGCUCCUGCCCAACACCCUGAGUCAGCGACGCACCCACCCCCAUCCACCACCUCCCUGUUUGGGGUCCAGCGUUGUGUUUCAUCACUGGUGCGCAGUGUGCGCUCUUCUGAUCGUGCCUCGAGAGACUCGUCUUUGGGGCCUCAUCUUUGCUCCCUUCAGCUGCCUCCUGGAUCCUCUUCCCCCUUGCCAAAUGACUGCUGAACAGAAAACCUCGUUGGUGCUGUUUCUUGUGCAUCUGUCCACCCAUACCCGGUAUUGCCCUCGAUUUCAGAGAGCCCUGGAGCAGUUGCCUACCAUUCCCUUCUAGCUGUUUGUUUGAAGUCCUUUUUAUGUGACUCCCUCUGCCCCCAUGUUGUCAGCUGCUCUGUGAAACUCGCCAGGUUGCCCAGCCUGGGGUCAAGUGUGAGUGACUGGUACAGAGUUACUCCCCGAAAGGCCACUCUCCCUGCUUUUGGGUUUUGUAGUUUCUGCGUCAGUAGCAUGAUCCGCAUCAUUAUGGUCUGUGAUCACUGUGCUUUGUGAAGCUGUGCAUCCCCUCAUAGCCUUUCUCAGUGUUUGUGGCAUUUUUGUGGCUUCCCAACACUAGAGUACAUUUUCUGCCAAAAUGAGUGAGGCUCUUGGUGCCCUCUAGACUUUCCCCACCUCCCAACAUGGGAGAAUUUUGAAACUUUCCGAGAGACUGCCUCGCUGGUCCUUCCCAUUCUUCUCCCAGUGUCAGUUAUUCUGGGUCUGACAGACCCAUGAGACAUAAAGCCUCUGAUGGGCCUACCCUGUCUUCUCUCCAGCCCAUUUUAGUUAGACUAUGUCAUUGUGAGGCCACCAGCCCUUUCGUUUGACUUCUGUGAAUCUCCACCUGGCCUAUCUUCAGGUGGAACCUGGACAGUACCGUUGCCCUCUUCUACCCCUCUUCCCCUACAUCCCUGGCACUGGUUGUUUUCUAUGAAAACAGCAGUGAACAGAUGCAGUUUUGAACUGGCCCUGAGGAAAUGGGUCAGGAGUUGUGUGGGCAAGAGGGAGGGAUGAGAGCCGUUGGAGAACUGAGAAUGACGUUUUUUCUUUUUAACAUUUUUUUAUAUUAGUAAUAAACGCAGUGGAAAC